UCUAUCACGUGACACAACUCGGCUUCCUCACGUUCCGUUGGUGGCCAAGUCGUGUCGCGUCACGUGAUGGACGUGACGUCGUUUCCAUGGCAGCGCUGGGCGUCCUUCCUCAACCGCAGCAGGCAUGGAGUCGUGCAGGCCGCGCUACUACACUCCGAAGGAGGUCUCGGUGCACAACCGGCCCGGGGACCUCUGGGUCUCCUAUUUGGGCCGCGUCUACGACCUCACCCCCCUGGCCGCCGCCAACAAGGCCGCCAUUGGAAUGAGAACGUGCCGUUGCAGUGGAUGAUGAAGCAGCUGCUCCCCCUGUGGCCGGAAUCGAACAUCCCCUCAGGAGAAGGUGAUCUCUUGAUGAAACCAAUCCUAGAAGCAGCAGGGAAAGACAUUAGCCAUUGGUUCAACCCCAAAACCAAAGAUAUACAGACACACAUUGAUCCUCUAACGGGAUGUCUCAAAUAUUAUACCCCGCAAGGCCGCUUUGUGCACAUUCCACCUCCGCUGCCUCGCUCAGACUGGGCCAAUGACUUUGGUAAGCCCUGGUGGAGAGAUCCCAAAUAUGAGGUGGGCAUCUUGUCCUCCAAAACAAGGCAUAUACGAAUCAUCAACACUCUGACCUCUCAGGAGCAUACCCUUGAGGUAUGUUCAGAGGAAAACAUGUGGGAGAUCUUGCGACGCUAUCUCCCUUACAAUGCCCAUGCUGCUAGCUACACAUGGAAAUAUGAAAGAGUCAAUCUAGACAUGGAGAAGACCCUUCAACAAAAUAACAUUCCAGAUGAGGAUGAAGAGUUCUACGAGCUCAACAUGGAUGCCGAUGCCUUCACACCAGCCAUCUUACUGUACUUCAAUGAUGAUCUCACUGAGCUCUAGGAACUAAUGAUCCAUCUCUCGUAUCAAAACUGUGGCACCUGCUUUUCCUGCACAGACCACAGAGGUAUUUCCCCUCAAGCUCCCUUGGAAUCAGGUACUACGAAAAUAACAAAUGCAGCUCUGCUGAAAUGUCAUGCCAGGCAGCAGUCUCCCAUUUCAGUGAAAUGCUUUCUGGUUUAGAGACAUACAACCUUUUUUCUUGCAAUGAAUGAAUCCAUCUUUACAGAACAAUUAAAAAUCAUUAUUUACAAAAACCAAAUCUUUUGUUCAUCUUUGGGAGGGGGGGCUGGGGGCAGAAGGAACUUUUGUGGCCAUUUGUUCGUGUCAGGGUUGCAUUUGGUCUCCCAGUACCAGGCACUGCUAUUUGCUGAAGGUGAAGAAGUGCCAAAAGUUAUUACUUCCAGUGACUCAGAUGAAUAGGUUCUUGAAAUAUGAUUUUACAGGCCCAUGGAUAUGUCCAUAUCUUGCCUUGUUUCGCUCAUCUUAAAAUUCCUGAGCAAGUUACCACUCUUUGCCAGUAGAUGUCAUCUGUGGCUCAUCUAGCAGCCAUUUUGAAGCUGCAACCAUUCGUAAAAUGGUUUUAUAUAGAAAACAGUGAGUCUUGGGGAACAGCGCAAUAUUCCCCAAUGUGAUGAUGUUUGAGAGAAAUACAGCUAUUAUUUUCUUUUUCUUUUGGGUCAUAAUGGAAGGGAGAGGAAUAGCAUUUAAUACACAACCUUUGGUGGCUUGUGGUCCAAGCUGGAGGGAUCAUCUCACAGUGGUAAGAUGGAACCACCUGGCUCACAUCAUGAUCUGCCAGCAUUGAACCAAACUCAGAUUUGGUUCUUAAUAUUACUAGUAUCCUCUGUCCAUACUGAGACCCUGGUGGCAACUGAAUUAUAAUCGCUGUUCAGCUAUGAAGUCAGUGGGUCAGCUUGGGUCAGCUUAACUUACUUUAGAGGUAAGAAUGCAGAUCUGUAUGAAUGGUAGGAGUACUGUACAGAAAAGACAUCACUGGUUGGGCUGUCUUCUCCCAUCAUAAUACUGAUAUGCUGGGGAAAUCAGCAUUCUUCUCGUGUGCCUCUAUUUCCCAUCUUUUUGAAGAGGAAAAUAGUUAUCAGGGCCAUAUUCCAUUUUUUUUUAGCUUACUCUCUAUGUUUAGAAUUGCAGAUUCUGCUUUGACUGCAGAUUGCAAUAUCUGCUUUGACACACUAUAGACAAUACAUGUAUAGAAAAAAAUCAAUGCAUUCCCAUGCACUUGAGAAGUAUACGUAUUUCUCCCCACCUUUAACCAAAUGUCACUGUAUCCUUACAGUUCAUUAAUAGGGUUAUAGAUUUUGAUAGCUGGUAUCUUCUGGUAUUUUCGAAUCCUAUACAAAUUGGACUGAACCAUUCAUAAAAAAUUACCAUAUUAAAGAGCUCCAUCAGUGUUGAACUAUUCAACAGUUCUAAAAACGGAGAACUUGCUAUUUAAAAUAGAGGACUUAAAAGAACUCCAUAUCUACCUGAGAAUUAUCAAAAUGUGCUUAUUACAAUGCAAAAUCAUCAUGUUGCUUCUAAAGUGCACUUUGACAGAUUUUCAUUAGUAUUGGGGAGCAGCCAUUGGGAGAGCAUCUCAGUGUGCUUUUGACUUUAGAGCGCACUCCUUAGAGGUUGCUAAUCAAAGGUAGUUUUUAGCUCAGCGAGCAGAUUCGAAUAGGACACACACAGAGAAGAAAGGGUUUCUCAGUCUCCAGUUCUGCAAUAUGACACAAGAGACAUCUGUGGAUCAUACUACAAGGACAUCACCCAGUUUAGCAGAAAAGGAGCAAUUGAGAGCACAGCCAUACUAGACCCCUGGGGAGCAGGGAAAUCCUGUGGAGAAGGAUCUCCCCUCCAGUCGGGAAACUUGUGUGUUAAUUGUCCGAUGGGUGUUUCUUUCCCAGCAAGGAGCAGCUGGGCUCUCCGCCUGCUGACCUAUGCCUGUAGACAAAGUGGCAGCGCUUUGAGAGAGGCAAUGGGUGGGAUCUUGCUUCAGAAGGUGAGAACAUGACAGGUCUCAAGGGGAAGUUACUGAAUGAACAAAGCUUAAACUUUAAAAGGCAGUAUCUGACAUAACCCCAAAUGUUUGUGAAUGUUAAGCUCAAAGUUGCUCCUUAUUGCAGGCUGUCAUGGAAACUUAGCAUGAGUGGAAGGGACAUAGAGGAUUCCUAUCCUCAACCUGCACAACUGAAAAAGACUGGCAGGUAGGAUAUUUUCUCACAGCAAAAAGGAAUAAUUUAAAGCGUGCUUUGAACCAAACAGGCAUUAAACACACCUUAGUUCUAAAUACAUUGUGUGGAAAGAGGUCCCACUGCUGUUAGUGCAACUAAUCUCAUAAUCAAACAUUUGGAACAUGUGGUUUGGUCCUCCAAAGACCAAUUAGAUUCUAGCAGUUUGAUUUUCAAAAGUCUUUCCCCUGUUGCUAUUAGAAGAUAUAAGAUUGAUGGAUUCAUCCAUUCAGAGAACAGCUGGAUUGCCUAUUGCAAGUGAAAUAGUACAAAAGAAAGGAGAAAGAUUUGCUUCUUAGGCUAGCCUCUUAGAAACGCCCUUUCAUAAAUAUGUGAAAUAUCUGCCUUUUAAAAAUCUAGAGAUGUGGAAUGUGGAUUUUAUAUUGUAUGCCAUUAAAGGAAACCUCUUUUGGAUAGGAAGAUGAUCAGAUUGUCAGAGGAAAAGGGCCAGAAGAGCUAAAAUAUCUAUAGGCAGCAUAUGGAUUGUCCAUAUGAGGAUGGUGGAGUGUCUUCUCAAGAACAACCCCCACAGCCCCUUUUUCACUUGCUCCUCAGUUUUUGACAAGUCAGGCCUGUUCCCUAGGCUUUUACAAAUACUGCUCGCAUGUACAGCAAAAAUACCACAUGGGCAAAAAGGUCAUAUCAUGAAGCAGCAAGACUGAAUCAGGUACAUAUCCUGGGUAUACCUUUUGUUCAAAUCUCCAAUUCGCUGGAAUGAAGAUGAAGUUCUCCCAGAUAGUUGAAGAUAAGAGUUCCUUCAGUCACAAGGUCUGAUGGAAGGGAUGAGAUUAUUUUCUUUCUUCUGCCACAGCCUCUUUGCUUGGUUGCAGCUCUCAUGAUCCUUCUGUGAAUUCACUCAUUCAUAUAUCACUUUUGGUAAGGGGGGGGGGGGAAUGAAGAAUGGCUUAGAGUGCAUAAUAAUGUGGCAGUGUUCCUGUUGACUCUGCAGUGGGCUUGCAAAUUACAUUAUAUACAAAAUCUGGUGCAAAAAGUACCAGGAAAACUUGAAUCCUUAUUGUUUGCUUGUUGUGUGCCAAGUUGUUUCCAAGUUAUGAAGAUCUUAAGAGUGAACUGAUCAUGGGGAUUUCUUGACCAGAUCUGUUCAGAGUUUUGCCUUUGCCCUUCUCUGAAGCUGAGAAUGUAACUUCCCCAAGGUCACCCAGUGGCCAAUAGGCAUUUGAACCCUGGCCUCCAGAGUCAGUCCAAUACUCAAAUAACUAUAUGCUGCUGGAUUCUUGAUUGAAUAUGCAAAAAGGUAAUGUUUUAUGGGCCACAAAGAGUUGGCUCACAAUGAUAUCAAUGAAUUACAGGCUAUUAUUAUUAUUAUUAUUAUUAUUAUUAUUAUUAUUAUUAUUAUUAUUAUGUAUUUAUACCCCACUUUAUCUCUCCUGCAGGAGAGAUCACAAAAUGUCAAUAUAAAUGUUAGUGAAUAUUGUCACAGUAAAUAGUGGAACAUAUACUUGCAAUGCAAAAAAAAACAAAACAAAAAAACAAUUCAAUCUCUGCCAUUUUCCUCUAAAGAUCUGGAACAGACUUCUGUUUGAAUCAUUGAAGUACACAGUGCAACAGCCUGGCUUGAUGCUACCUUAGACCAUUAAGUGGUAGAAAGGCAAGAUGAAAAUUACAUUAAUAAAGAUGGACCAAUGAUCUGAUUUGGAAUAAGGCCCAAUGGCCGCUUUCUGUGCUCCUAACAUCCAUGUUCCAUUCCCCAGCAUUUGUAGUAUCUUCUUUGGAAUAUUUAUCUCCCUCUUCUGUCUCUUGGGCCAGCACAUCAAACUCUUUCAGGUAUGGCGGAGACAAAGGGCAUCUGUUUACACCUGCAUAGCAACAAGUAGGCCCCACGCUCUCAUAACACCAAGCCAGCUGUUCUUCCUCUUUACCUUCUCAGAGAGCUGUCCUUGGCAGCUAUUGUAGGGCAAGUGUAGGUAAUGAAAUAGGACUGGAAUGCUAAACAUUGUCGUGUACCAAUUGAUCACAUUACAUCAAGGAUCGAGUCAGUUCUAUCAGGAAGAGAUAGGAUCCAUCAUCCAGACUUCAUCUUUGACAAAUCCUGUUCAACCUUUUAAGAAAGCAGAACUGAUUUUGCUAUGGAUGUCUUUCCUUUCUCCUCUAUUUCCCCUUCUUGAGCCACCUUCUUGCCUCCUUGUGACUCACACAGAUGGGCAUACAGGAGUGGAAUUGCAAUUUGGCCCUCUUCUUUUUGGAAUUGCAAUUUGGCUUUCUCCUCUUCUGUAGGAAGAGUGGCUCUUCUGUAGAGGGCUUGGCAGGGUGCCUGUAGGAUAAUUCACCCUUUAUUUCCUGGCAGAUUCUACUUGUCAUUUGGCAACUCCGAGGUUUAAGUCCCUUACACAUUUUGCUGGAAGGAAGACCCCUUAUAAACAGUGUGUGAUAAACAUGUGGUAAGAGCUCUUUGAUAGUGGAAUAUGAUGCCUGAAAAGCAGUGAACCAUGGGCAUUUCUUGUUCAGAAUUCCAAAAUCUGAAACUUCCAUAUGAGUUGCUGAUAUAUAGCAUUUGUAUUUAAACACGGGUACUAACUCCAAAAUAUAUUAUGUGUUUAUGUGCAAAUACAGGUAUUCCAAAAUGCUUGGAUUCUUCCCUGGGAGAAUAAUGAAAUAGCAAGUUAUUCUGCUUUUAAAUUUUUAAUGUUUACAUUCUAUUCUAUGCUUUGUUUUCAAAUGCUUAUUUGUUUAAACACGUAUUUUAGCGGUGUGAUGCCUAAUUGUCGUAAUGUUUCACCAUUGUCUUAUGUUGGUGUCAAAUGUGAUAAUUUAUUUGUUUUUGGCUGCAUUUGAAGGCAUUGAAUGUUUGCCGUUGUAUGUUGUGAACCUCCCUGAGUCUGCACUGGAGAAACAGUGUGGGAUAGAAAUAUAAGUUUUAAUAAUAAUAAUAAUAAUAAUAAUGGAUUACAAGUACAAUAAAUAAAUUAAAAUCUGAAAAAAUCUGAAAUUCAAAACAUUAUUUGGUCUCAGGCAUUUUGGGUAAGGGGUGCUUAAUCUGUCCUAUAAGAACUAUAAUAAAACCAUAUUAUAGAAUCAUAGAAUCAUAGAAUCAUAGAAUAGUAGAGUUGGAAGAGACCACAUGAGCCAUCUAGUCCAACCCCCUGCUAAGAAGCAGGAAAUCGCAUUCAAAGCACCCCCGACAGAUGGCCAUCCAGCCUCUGCUUAAAAGCCUCCAAGGAAGGAGCCUCCACCACGGCCCCGGGGAGAGAGUUCCACUGUCGAACAGCUCUCACAGUGAGGAAGUUCUUCCUGAUGUUCAGGUGGAAUCUCCUUUCCUGUAGUUUGAAGCCAUUGUUCCGUGUCCUAGUCUGCAGGGCAGCAGAAAACAAGCUUGCUCCCUCUUCCCUAUGACUUCCCUUCACGUAUUUGUACAUGGCUAUCAUGCCUCCUCUCAGCCUUCUCUUCUGCAGGCUAAACAUGCCCAGCUCUUUAAGCCGCUCCUCAUAGGGCUUGUUCUCCAGACCCUUAAUCAUUUUAGUCGCCCUCCUCUGGACGCUUUCCAGCUUGUCAACAUCUCCCUUCAACUGUGGUGCCCAAAAUUGGACACAGUAUUCCAGGUGUGGUCUGACCAAGGCAGAAUAGAGGGGGAGCAUAACUUCCCUGGAUCUAGACGCUAUUCCCCUAUUGAUGCAGGCCAGAAUCCCAUUGGCUUUUUUAGCAGCCGCAUCACAUUGUUGGCUCAUGUUUAACUUGUUGUCCACGAGGACUCCAAGGUCUUUUUCGCACACACUGCUGUCAAGCCAGGCGUCCCCCAUUCUGUAUCUUUGAUUUCCAUUUUUUCUGCCGAAGUGAAGUAUCUUGCAUUUGUCCCUGUUGAACUUCAUUUUGUUAGUUUUGGCCCAUCUCUCUAGUCUGUCAAGAUCGUUUUGAAUUCUGCUCCUGUCUUCUGGAGUGUUAGCUAUCCCUCCCAGUUUUGUGUCGUCUGCAAACUUGAUGAUCGUGCCUUCUAACCCUUCGUCUAAGUCGUUAAUAAAGAUGUUGAACAGAACCGGGCCCAGGAUGGAGCCCUGCGGCACUCCACUUGUCACUUCUUUCCAUGAUGAAGACGACGCAUUGGUGAGCACCCUUUGGGUUCGUUCGCUUAGCCAAUUACAGAUCCACCUAACCGUAGUUUUGUCUAGCCCACAUUUUACUAGUUUGUUUGCCAGAAGUUCGUGGGGGACUUUGUCGAAGGCCUUACUGAAAUCCAGGUACGCUACAUCCACAGCCUUCCCUGUAUCGACCCAACUCGUAACUCUAUCGAAAAAAGAGAUCAGAUUAGUCUGGCAUGACUUGUUUUUGGUAAAUCCGUGUUGACUAUUAGCAAUGACCGCAUUUGUUUCUAAGUGUUCGCAGACCACUUCCUUAAUGAUCUUUUCCAGAAUUUUGCCUGGUAUUGAUGUGAGGCUGACCGGACGGUAAUUGUUUGGGUCGUUCUUUUUUCCCUUCUUGAAGAUAGGGACCACAUUCGCCCUCCUCCAAUCUGCUGGGACUUCUCCCGUUCUCCAAGAACUCUCGAAGAUAAUUGCCAGUGGUUCUGAAAUAACUUCCGCUAGUUCCUUCAGUACUCUUGGGUGUAGCUGAUCUGGCCCUGGGGACUUGAAUUCGUUUAGAGAGCCCAAGUGUUCCUGGACAACUUGUUUCCCUAUUUGGGGUUGGAUUUCCCCCAAUCCUUCGUCCAUUCCGUGUUGCUGAGGUUGAAGAUGGCUUUCUUUUUCUGAGAAGACCGUGGCAAAGAAGGCAUUAAGUAGUUCUGCCUUUUCCCUGUCCCCUGUCGCCAUCACCCCAUCUUCUCCUUGCAAUGGCCCUAUCGCCUCCUUUUUCUUACUUUUUCUACCAACGUAAGCAAAAAAGCCUUUUUUGUUGUUUUUUAUGUCCCUGGCAAGCCUGAGCUCAUUUUGCGCUUUAGCCUUGCGAACCUUUUCCCUACAGGUGUUGGCUAUACGUUUGAAUUCUUCUUUGGUGAUUUCUCCCCUUUUCCACUUCUUGUGCAUGUCACUUUUGAGCUUUAGCUCAGUUAGAAGUUCUUUGGACAUCCAUUCUGGCUUCUUUGCACUUGUCUUAUUUUUCUUCUUUGUUGACACUGUUUGCAUUUGCGCCUUGAGUAUUUCACUUUUGAAAAACUCCCAUCCAUCCUUAACUCCCUUGUUUUUUAAUAUCGGCGUCCAUGGAAUGCCGCUCAGUAAUUCCUUCAUUUUUUGGAAGUCAGCUCUCUUAAAGUCCAGAAUGCAUGUUUGACUUGUCUUAGUUUCAGCAUUCCUUUGUAUUGCAAACUGCAGGAGCACAUGGUCACUUGCCCCUAAGGAUCCAAUCACUUCAACUGUAUUGAUCAGGUCUUCCACAUUUGUUAAGAUUAGAUCAAGAGUUGCUGAUCCCCUUGUUGCCUCUUCUACCUUCUGGACCAUAAAAUUAUCUGCAAGGCAAGUGAGGAAUUUGUUGGACUUUGUACUCUUGGCUGAGUUUGUUUUCCAGCAGAUAUGGGGAUAAUUGAAAUCGCCCAUGACUACUAUAUCUCUUCUUUGUGCCUGUUUGGUCAGCUGUUGACAGAAGGCUUCAUCAAGUCCUUCAUCCUGACUCGGAGGUCUGUAGUAGACACCCACGACAAGAUCUUUUUGAGUCCCGGUUCCCUUGAUUCUUAUCCAGAUGCUUUCAAGCUGGUUUCCCGGAUUACAGUCUUGCAUUUCUUCUGCAACGUAACUGUUUUUGACAUAUAAAGCUACUCCCCCUCCUCUCCCCUUUGUUCUAUUUCUGUGAAAGAGGUUAUAGCCCUCAAUGGUUAAAUUCCAGUGAUGGGAGUCAUCCCACCAGGUUUCAGGUUAAUAUUUGAAAACAAUUGCAAUAUAAUUUCCUGGGAUAUUAAAAACUAGGGAAAUAUUUAAAAUUAACCAAACAAAUAUUUGAGCAAAUGGUUGGUUUUAAACAACCAUUUUUUUAACCAAUUGCCUAAUGAUACGACCUAAACUGGCAGACGGAUUGUGUGUUAAUGUAUUUCUAACUAGAUUUCCUUUGCUCUGGUGCAAUUUGAAACAAAUUGUUUAAAUUGGCAGAAGAUACUGUACACCAAUACAGCAGUGGUUCAAGUAGACACUGAAGAAUGCAACCUCUGUCUGACCUGGAAUUCCUCCAGUGCUUUUUUCUUAUCAGGAGUCAUUGAAGAGUGAUGGAGGAUAAAAAUAAUAAUAACAAAAUCAGAUUCCCAAUGGUCGCCCCUUAAUCAAUCAUAGCUUUGUUGUAAAUCCAUCAGAUAAUUUUGCCAAGAGGUAGAAGGGUUUAUCCAGGCUAGUUUUCUGAGUGCUGGAAGUUGGCAAUGGUAUUCAUAAGUUGCCUUAGGUCAAUGGAAGCAUUUGCACUUGUUCUCAAUGAAAGUGUGCAAUUCCCACCUUUCUGUAGGCUGUCGUACACUUUUGGUGUGCAAUUCACAUCCUUCAGCCAUAUUGUACUCAGCAGGGAAAAGCCUUGAAAUAUCCUCCCCCUUAAGCCAAACAGCAACAGUUCUCUUUAGGGAAGAGUAGAUUCAUGGUGUAAUGAGCAACACAUCUUUGACCAUCUUGAAAGACAAGAUGCUAUUAGAUGAACUGUGGGGGAAAAACAGUGCCCCCCCCCCCCAUUAUUAUCACGCUGUAGAUUCCUUGAUGAGAUUUUUGAUGCUGACUGCAUUGUGAAGUAGCAUCAAAGGCAGGGAAGAGACUGAAGGAAAAUGAUGUUUUCCUUUUUGCAGACUGCUCCCUUGAGCAAUGAGGACCAAGCCAGAAAAAAGCAAAGGUCAAGAUUCAAAAAUGAGGUUUCCCUUGGUGGGAAAAGUUGGUUUUUUUUUCCAGUUCUUGCUGCUUUAUUUUGAACCAACAGGUAAUAUAAUGCUUCCAAACUGAUUGCAUUCCAGGCUUGAAAUCAGAGGAUGCUGCAACCACUUUCAUCUUUCUCCUUUCCACCAGAAAGAGAAAAAUGCUUUGUAUGUGGACUGGAAAUCGCAUUUUAAAAGGUUUUGAUAGCACAAAGCCUUCCAAGCUCUUCCUUAGAGCACUGACUUCCAGCACUGCCAGGGAAAUGUUUCAACGUGAGUGAAUGGGUCUGGCGCCCAAGCUCCUGGAGGGUUUCAGAGGGUGUUGCGUUAAAUAUAAAAGCCACAUGGGGGAUAACGUUCAUUUGGCAAGCUCUUUCUCCUGCAGGCACAGUGACUCCUCCGUGGACACUUAUAACUAGUCUAUGGGGGGAUUGGCUCAGGCUGAACCUGUUCACUAAAGAACAACCAUGCAUUGGCUUUGAUUUCUUCCCUUUCUGGCCAACAUUUUAAAAAAGAGUGUACCAUUACUGUAAUACCAGUCUUCACUGGGAGUUAUUAGGAUGUGAUAAGGCAUGAUAUAAGGACAUUUACUCAGAAAAAGUUAUUUUGAAAUUAAUAGCUUUUUGCCCAAGUAACUGAGGGACCGCCAUAUAUCGAUAGAUGAUUUGAAAGCAUAUAUGUGUGCUCAAUGUGACAUCAUUUUUUUAAUUCCUUCAAAGUUAAAGGAAGCAGAUUUGCUAAUUUAUAGACCCAGAAGAUAUGCAGUAGAUCAACUCUGGUUCACCUCAGUGUGUCUUGGUCAUUUUGCAGUUCCAGUUACCCUAAGGCAGCUUUAUUGCACAAGACUCAACAAGAUGAUGGUUUAAGUCAAUUGGACUACCAAUAGGACUUAAGUCUGUGUAUUGGAAAUAUUUUUAAUUCUAAAACAUACAGGAUUUUUUUAAAAAAAUAAAUGAGAAUAGAGAAACAUGGAUAUACUGAAAAUCUUAUGCAUACUAUCGCUGACACAAAACAUAAAUCUUUAACAUAGCUAUUGUUCUAAAUGGGACUACUCUAGAAUAAUGGUACUGUGUUUAUAGAUAAUCUGCUGAUGACACCGUCAUUCAACAAUUGAGAACUACAAAUAUUUUUCUUUUUAUAGAAGGAAAGGAAUGUAGGCCAGGUUAAAAAAAUAAAUAGAAUAAAAGGAAACACAGCAAAGAAAAAUGAUGAAAUGUUACACAAUUGAUCAGUUAGAAUCUUUAGUAAUAGUUAAUUUUGAAAUACGUAUUUCAAGCAUGCUUUUUUAAUGUUACUGAAAUAAUAACAAUUUUAUUUAUUGAAUUUGACUGCCACCUUUCUCCCAGAGCGGGAUCUAAUCCAACUCCUAAAGAGAUUUAAUAAAAAAUUCUACAUCACCAAAAAUUAGUCCGAAAUCUGCAGAGAAGAACAUGUUUCCUUUUUAAAUCCCAUGUUAGAUACUAUGAAAGAAGUCUCAUCGAGAAGCUAUAGUAGAGAAGCUGGACCUUUUAAGGCUGGAUCUACACUGCCACAUAAUGAAUUUUUGGAAGGUGGAUUAACUGCAUUGAACUGCAUUAUAUGAGUCUACACUGCCAUUAUAUCCUUGGCCAUUGUGGUUGUCGUUAAUGGGUGCCAGAGUCCAACAAAUACCUGUAGAGCCACAGGUUAUGUAAUACUGACAUCCUCUGUUAUUUGCUGUAUUGGUAGCAUGGGAAGCCAUGCUUUACUCAGAAUUGGCUGGCACUAAAGUUAAAAAGAAUGUGAAUUAUUUGGAUCUAGACAAUAAAACAAGGGUUCCUUAAUUUUUCUUUAUGCUUCUGGAACACAUUCCUGUCACCAGGGGUCAAGACCUCAUCUGUGGCCACAAAUGAAAUGAAAACUUAAGUUUCACUAAGCAUAAAGCUCAUUGAAGUGAAAUCACAGCUGCUGUCUAAAAAGAUUAUAGUUGCCUCAUUUUAAUAUUUGUUUCCCUUUAGUGUUGUUUUUCCAUAGUCAUGAAAUGGGGUGAAACUAGUUACGGGUCAUGAUCUAGAAGUGUGUGUAUGUGUGUAUAUAUACACAUAUAUAUGCUACUUAUGGUUUCAGUUGGAUUUAACUCUGGGCUGAAUUUUGUGGUCACAAUUAUUCCUAAAACCUUGGUGAGAAAAAAAACCAGUUGGCCACAAAGAGAUUUGGAAAGACCUCACUUUAAUUUGAUCUUACUGGGUUUUUUUUUGUAUGCUAUAAAAACCUUUCUAUUUUAUUUUAAGAGACCAAUUUUUAUUUAUACAUACCUUAAAGGGGGGGGGGAGGGCAUGAAUUCUUAGCAAAAUUGACUCCUUUAAAAAAAUAAUUUCUGUAUACACCCUCAUUUUGUAAAAAAUCUCCUUAUGUGAAAAAGAUCUUAUAAUAAACUGCAGUAAUCAGUGUUUCCCCCCCCUCUCUUGUCUUCUUCCUUUCUUGCCCUGGAGGAGAAAAAAAGGAGAGAAAUAAACCACUCCCUUCCGAAGUAUUUAAAGUUAGAGAGAAAGAGAGGGAGAAAGGAGGGGGGAGAUGGAAAUAAAACACCCUUAUUCUUUCUCCUUUUAAUGCUGGUAAAGCAAGACAACACACAUACAAAAGUCAUGGUCCCCUUCAGUCUGACUGACUAGUAUGGAACUAGUUAACCUUUAACAAUUUUAUGCUGAUGUCAUAACUGAGCAUGAGUACUGAUUAAUCCAACCUUUUUUCUCUCUCUCCCUCUCCCCCUCCCUGUAAAAAAUAUUUUUAUUGAGGGAGGGGGGGAGGGAGGGAAAGCAUAAGGAGAGAAAGGGGGGGGGGAGAAAAAGAAAUAAUUUAGAGCAGCCAUCUUUGUUUUAUGCAGAAAUCUUGUCAGUUUCCCCCCAGUGCCAGGAAUGUCUAAAUAUUGUUCAUGAUCACACAGAUCUUAAGAGGAGAUUGGGGGGAGAAAGAAAGAAAGAAAAAAAAGAGAAAGAAACAGAGAAGGAAAUAUAGCCAACAGCAAGAA